AUGCCACCUCCACCCCAUCUCAAAGCUAAAUCGCAUCUUCUACAGACCCUCAGCAUAGAGAGCAUACAUUCGCAAGCCGUUAUCAUGGGUGAAUGCAAAACUCUCAUAAACAACCAGCCCCCAGCUUCAUUACAUGCAUAUCAGAUCAAGAUCGAAUUGGAUAAUCCCUCGGAACUCCAUCCAGAGACUUCCUCGCUCCAAACUGUUCUCCAUCCGCAGUCAGCUCCACGACACCAUCGACCACCAAAGCUCAUGUCAUGUGACUCGGGCCACUCAGAGGCCAACAGCACGAAGCAGCCUACUGAGUGGGAGAUUUUCAUGGAGCAGUCUAUCUUCAAGGCGAUGAGAAAUCCAUACAACGAUAUGAAGGCGAAAAAGCGACAACAAGCGAAGAUGCAAGCGGUGCAAGACGAAGCGGAAUGUGAUACUGAACGGAGGAAUACGGAGGCGUUGUCCACGAACUCCGAACGCCAAAGCAAUGCUGGAGACGGGGAGCUGUGA